AUGUCUGUUUCUUAUCCAUACGAAGUGGAACUAUGGCCACAAAUGCAAGCACCCACAUCACCCGCAAAUAUCUUUGCACCUCUGGGGCAGAGAGAUUGGAUUCAAGUCUCUGUGAAGCAUAGGGAGAAGUUUGAACGGCUUUUUAUAGAAGUGUGGGGAAGUGAUCCUAAAUCGAUAACAAUAAUAAAUGGUAAUGCCGUAUGUUUCAAAGGAGAGUUCGCAAUAGGCAGUGGCAGUUAUGGCACGGAGGUGUAUAUUUGCUUGGGGUUUGACGGAAUAGAACGAGCGAUAAAACGUUUGCCAAAACUCUUGUGUGAGAAAUUCCUGAAGAAUGAACGAAAUAUCUUGAAUUCUCGGAAUGCAGUCGAGUCUCCACGAAUUGUAAAUUAUUGUUUCUACGAUGACACUUCCAACCCUGAUUUCGGUUAUUUGAUUCUGAACUUAUAUGAACAGAAUCUGGAAGAAUUUAUCAAGGAGAAAGGCGAAUGGAUGACAGAGUCGCAUGCUAGAGAGAUGAUACGUCAAGUGUUGCAAGGGCUGAAAGCAUUACAUGCUAGAGAGCCCAGAAUUCUACACAGAGACUUGAAGCCAACUAAUAUACUUGUUGAUGUGUAUGGUGAUUUACUGCUGUCUGAUUUUGGUAUUGGACGGUUUUUCCCAGGGCAAGGUAUUCUAACAAGAUAUAUAUUUAAUAUAUAUAUUCAUCGCAUAUGUAAAGUAUGA